AGCAGCGUGUUGGCGUCAUGUUAAAUGGUCAUGACAACGCGGAAAAAGAGGAACUAGGAAGACGUCGAGUUUCAAAAGAAGUCCCUUUCUUUCUAAUCAACCACCACAAAUUAAUCAAAUCAUAAAAUGUCUCACUUUAGAAAGAGAGAUUGGAAACCAGAUCAUGUCAUCAUGCAGGAGAAUCCACACAUUUUGCAUACCCACGAAGCUAUGGUGGAUCUGAUAAAUGGAAGAACCACUAAUUACACCUUUAUGGACGCCUUUAACUAUGGCCUGUUGGGUCUUGAUAUUGUCAACCCCUUCGUGGGUGACUAUAUUGACGAUGAAUACGACGAUGACGACGACUAUUAUGAUGACAAAAAACGCAAAGAUAAAAAAGCCUAUUGCGGUUUUACACACAAUUUUUUAGGGCAUAGUAGCUCAAAGCUACCCUUAACCCCCCACCCAUGUAUAAGACAACUCACUCCUGAGGAGGCUGAAAAAAAUGGCAGGGAACUAAUAGAAGAAGAGAGCAAACUAAAAGAAAAAGCAGAAAAGAAAAGACUUAAAAAGAAGGUAUUUCUCUGUUCUCACCUCCCACAGCGACAGAAGGAGAGGAGACGUGCAGGAAAAGAAAAGGAGUCUGAGAAUCAAGGGCCAGGGAGGCCCAGCCGCUCGGAGAAACAGGGAGGAGAUUUAAACAUUGAGCGAGAGCAGCAGGAGGAGAAGGAGUUUGCAGAGGAGCGCCUUGGUCCUGGACCUGGUGGUACUGCAGCCUGUCGCAGGCAGCAGGAGGCGCAGGAUUCUCCUUUGGAGGAGAACUGUGGUAGCAGUAAUGAGGACCAGGAGGACGUGGGAGACGAGGGCUUAGUCAGGGAGCAAGAGGAGUUGGAUAUGAGUAGCUGCUUCGUCUCUACGGCUGCUUGUAUUGCUAAACGACAACUAGAGCAGAACCCCAAACCAGAUAAGAAAAUUAUUAUCCAGCAGCCUCAGAAGGAACAGCAGGAGGAGAAGGAACAGCAGGAGGAGAAGGAACAGCAGGAGGAGAAGGAACAGCAGGAGGAGAAGGAACAGCAGGAGGAGAAGGAACAGCAGGAGGAGAAGGAGCAGCAGGAGGAGAAGGAGCAGCAGGAGGAGAAGGAACAGCAGGAGGAGAAGGAACAGCAGGAGGUUAUUGUCAGGAAAAAGGAGAAAAAGGUGGAGGCCAAUGUUGAUGAUAUUCUUAAAAGAAGCACAGAGCUCGCCCUCAUAGGAAACCAGUUUGCAGCCUGUGGCCAGCUGGAAAUGGCAGUCAAGUAUUUCACUGACGCUAUUAAACACAAUCCUACAGAAUUUAAGCUGUUUGGGAACCGGUCCUUUUGUUAUGAGAAGAUGCAGCAGUAUGAUCGGGCCUUGAGUGAUGCCGAUCUGGCCCUCUCCAUGGAGCCUGGUUGGAUUAAAGGACUAUAUAGGAAGGGGAAGGCUCUGUCUGGACUCAAGAGGUACUUUGAGGCAUGCCAGACCUAUAAGGAGGUAUUAAUGCAGGACAGUUUGUGUUCAGAUGCUGCUCAGGAGUUGAUGAAAGUUCAGAUCUUGCAGCUGAUGGAAAUGGGAUUUACUCGUGAGCAGAGCUCUAAUGUGCUGAUUGUCCAUGGAGACUUUGAGAAGGCGGUUAAUGUCCUGUCUGGUAUUGAAGAUGAAUAUGGUAGUAAUGACUUUCCUGCCGCUGCCACCUCAGCAGAGGACAGUGCGACGUGGGAGGGAGUGGGCCCCAGGCCUAAACCUCUCCUCCAAACCAGACCUAAACCCAGAUCCACUACCCCAGGCCCUGAACCCAGAUCCACUACCCCAGGCCCUGUACACCACGUUGCACCGGGAGGGAGCACAAGCAGUCUGUUUCCUGUAUAUGUUGGCUGUUUGGGGCCCAACACAACACAACCAAUGCUACACAGCCUCUUCAGCAGUGCUGGGACGAUCCACAGUAUCAAAAUCUUGCGCUCUUCCAACUGUGCAUUUAUCAACUACACCAACAUGGACCACUGUGAGAGAGCCAUCAGGACUCUAAAUGGUGAGGUGUUGAACGGAGUGAUGCUGGCUGUCCGUCACCCCGACAGAGUGAUGCAGAAGAAACUGGGCUUGUCCCAAUUAGCUUUCACCCUCACCAACGCACCAGAGAAGAGUCAGGAGUGUUACUUCUGGAGAACCACAGGCUGUGUCCGACACAAUACCUGCAUCUUCAGACACGUGUCACAACACAAGGGCAUCGACAGGGACAAGGUCAACAAGUGAACAGCAGACAACCACACACCAAUAACCUGGUCCUGGAAGCUGGAUCAGAGCCCCCCCCCAGGCUUACUUUUCAAAUAUGCUUUUUAUAAAAUUAAAAGGUCAUAUAAGUAGACUUAAAAUUCGAUAAGUUAUAAUUGACUCAACAACCAAUAAACACUUUUUUUUUUUAAUCAACUAGGAAAUGUAGUUAUAUGUCACUGUUGUUUUUCAAAGUUAGCUGGCUAAUUUGCUAAUCCUGUUUUUUGGAAUGGACUGCUGGGAAAGAAUCACGGCUUCUACUGACGUGUCCCCUGUACUGACGUGUCCCCUGUACUGACGUGUCCCCUGUACUGACGUGUCCCCUGUACUGACGUGUCCCCUGUGCUGACGUGUCCCCUGUGCUGACGUGUCCCCUGUGCUGACGUGUCCCCUGUGCUGACGUGUCCCCUGUGCUGACGUGUCCCCAAAUUCUUAUUUUCAAUAACGGCCUAGGAACAGUAGGUUAACUGCCUGUUCAGGGGCAGAACAACCUUGUCAGCUCGGGGAUUUGAACUUGCAACCUUCCGGUUACUAGUCCAACGCUCUAACCAC